AUGGAGGCCAGCGAAUGGGAUCACGCGACGUUGAGGGAGGAGGAAUUCGAGCAGCAUGCAGUUUAUUUGGUACCGGACGUGUCGGUGUCGCCAAACGACACCAAUCGUGCCGAGGCUUCCUUGCCGAGAAAUCUGGUCCUGAAACCGUCCCAGGCGCUCAACGAUGUGCUGGGAGUAUGGAGCACGAGUUACAUCCCGAAGGGAACGAGAUUUGGUCCGUUGGUCGGACAAGUCUACACGAAGGACUCGGUGCCAGCGGAUGCGAACCGGAAGUACUUUUGGAGGGUGUACAAGAACAACGAGCUGUUCUACUACAUCGACGGCUACGACGUGCACAAGUCCAACUGGAUGAGAUACGUCAAUCCGGCAUACUCCUCCGAAUCGCAGAACCUGAUCGCGUGUCAGUAUAAGAUGAACAUCUACUUCUACACGAUCAAGCCGAUCCUGCCGAACCAAGAGCUGUUGGUGUGGUACUGCCGUGAAUUCGCGGAGAGGCUGAAUUAUCCCCUAACCGGCGAGCUGAUGCUGCAGCGAAUAAGGCAACAGGUGCAGCAGUCGGCGAUCCCAGCGGAGAUCCCGCCGACGAUGGAGGUGUCCGCCCUGAAGGACUCCGGCAUCUACGAGAGGCGCUCCCAGCUGACGCCGACCGACGCGUCGGUGAGGUCCGACGAGGGCUACCACUCGAACGGCUACCACGACGAGAUCCUGACGCCUCCCGAGGAGAGCAGCGAGUCGGACUCGGAGAACAAUUAUGUGCUGGACUUCAGCAAGAAUUCGAAGAGCGGGGUCGGGAGCCACCACGUGGGGGCGUUGGGAGGAUCGGGAGGGAUGAUGGGCCCCCGUGAAAGCGCGCCCAGGCAGGACGCCUCGACGAAGAACGAGUACCGGAAGGUGAAGAUCAAGAUCACGAAGACGUACAACGCCUACGGGAAGGGUUUGGAGGGUUCGAAGGAGAAGGACGAGCCGUCCAGGGCUGUGACCCCGGAACUGCCCGGACCUCUUUCGCCGGGUCCGAUGAUCCCCAGGAAGAUCGCGCCAUCCUCGACCGAGGACGACAUGCUGCCCGACGCGAAGCCCCUGAACGCGAAGCCCUUCUACGAGGCCGAGGCGAAGGCAAUCGGGGGGCCCGUGGUCCUUCCCAGGCCGCCCUAUCUAACCACCGCCUCCAGCAGCAUCCUGGAGAACAUCCUGCUGCGCGCCAACACGGACAGCAACAACAACACCAACCACUCCGGGCAGAACGCCGUGAACUCCACCAUUGGGGACUCGGUGACGCCGCCGCCCUCGAGCCCCACCGAGAUGGCCUACUCCUACAAGAAGUCUCACAGGUACGGGAACAUCCUGCCCUGCAGUCCGGACUCCAGUUCGAGUCUGCCCAUGCAGACGGAGGGUCCGACCAGCGGGACCAACCCCAUCGGCAGGACGGCCACGCCGCCGCCUCGGCCGCCCGCCUCGACGGCCACCACGACGACGACCGCCUCCGUACUGCACCAGGGCCCGACGAGUCUGCACCCCGGGAACGUGCCUCGACCCUCGAGUCCCGUGGGCACCGUCCUGACCUCGAGCUGCGGUACCCCCCACGGGCCUCCUGGGAUGCCGAAGAGGAAGUCGAAGAGUCCCUCGCCCUGCGCGACAAGCGUCCUGUAUUCGAGCCCGGGAAGCGGGGGUAACGCCGUGGCCGUUCCCGGGGAUACCGGAAGCUUGUACUUGAGCGGCAGCCCCGGGGUUUCGGCCAUUUCGCCCAUCCACUCGCCCACCGGGUAUCCCUACAACCUGUACCACCAGAACGCGCCGCCGCUCUCCGUUAACACCACGUACUCGCCCACGCCGACCGGGAGCGUGUACGAGAGGGCCGACCGGGGUCGCGGCAUCGACGCCCACCAGCUACCCACCUCGUCCACCAUGCAGAUCGGCGACGGCAACCAGGCCCUGGUCGCCGGGACGCAUAAUCUCCAUCUGGGUGGACAUCACCCUGGACUGAGCAUCGCCAACUCCUCGCUGAAUCCGCUGAACCGGUACUCCCCGGCUGGCUCGCUCUCUCCCGACGACCACGGAUGCUCCCAGAGCGGCUCCCUCAGUCCCAACUCCCAGGGCUCCAGGGGGUACCGGUCGCUCCCCUACCCCCUGAAGAAGAAGGACGGCAAGAUGCACUACGAGUGCAACGUCUGCUGCAAGACCUUCGGCCAGCUGUCCAACCUGAAGGUACACCUGAGGACCCACUCCGGGGAGAGGCCCUUCAAGUGCAACGUCUGCACCAAGAGCUUCACCCAGCUGGCGCACCUGCAGAAGCAUCACCUGGUGCACACAGGGGAGAAACCGCACCAGUGCGAGAUCUGCAAGAAGAGGUUCAGCUCGACCUCGAACCUGAAGACCCACCUGCGACUGCACUCCGGACAAAAGCCCUACGCCUGCGACCUAUGUCCCGCGAAGUUCACGCAAUUCGUGCAUCUAAAGCUGCACAAGAGGCUGCACACCAACGAGAGGCCGUACACUUGCCAGGGGUGCGAUAAAAAGUACAUAAGCGCGAGCGGUCUCAGGACCCACUGGAAGACGACGAGCUGCAGGCCGAACAACAUCGAGGACGAGCUCGCCCUGGCCGCUGCGGUCGGCUCGCCCACCUACUACGAAUACGGCCCCGAAAUGAACGUCGGCAACGUGCCCAAGGAGUGCGAGCUGGAGCACAUGGAGAACUACGAGAGGCGUGCGGCCGCGCACGGGCCGCACUCCACCUCCCUGCACAACCUCGAGAAUUCGGUUGGCCGGCCCUCGGUCAUAGAGACGUCGCAGCCGCACAUCAUCGAGUGCACCUAA